CAGCAUUUUGUCAUUCUGAGCUUAUUUGGACUUGUCCCUCUCUGGUGGGGCAAAAUGAUGCUUAAGAAGCAUAAAUGAGCUGGUCAUACAACUUCAUUGUGCCUCUUUGAUGAUACUCGGUGGCCCUUAUGUCUGUUCAAAGUGCUCUCAAAGUUUCUAGAAAGAGUGGAAUUCCCUACUGACGCAAAAUAGUCAUAUGUGGUCAGAUCAGCUGAUGUGCAGAACAUAAUGGGUUAUAUAUAUAUGUGUGUAUAUAUAGUUGUCAGAAAGGACAGAAUCCUAAAUGUGUGGCGUCGUUUUAUUCAUGCAUACAACUUAAUAUAAAGGAAAGUGCAUUUUCAUGAAUUAUUUCCCUAAAAUGUCAAUGACUAUUGUUUGCUGGUUUAGGAGUUUUGCUCCGCCCCCUGUGUUUGUCGUAAACCUGGCUCCUGGCUCCAAUAAACCCGGGCUAAGAGCGCCCUGGGCUCGCCUCCUUCUCCAAGGCGAUCAAUAGGAUCUCAGGCGCACUACAAGCACUCUCUUACGUAGACAUCCACCAAGGAGAGAGCCGAUACAACAACACGGUUGAUCUGCUCAAACACAAAAAUCUACCUGCUUUCUGAAUCAUGUCGUUGAGCCCAAAGCACACAACGCCUUUUUCAGUGACAGAUAUUUUGAGUCCAAUCGAGGAGACCUACAAGAAGUUUGGUGGCAUGGACGGAGCAGGGAACCUAACCUCUCCACUGGGAGCCUACCGACAGCCUCAGGUGUCUCAGACCGGCAUGCAACAGCACUCCAUGGGCCAUAACGCCACCGUGGCCACCACUUACCACAUGCCGCACACCGUCUCCCAGUUCUCCCACAGCGCAAUGGGGGGAUACUGCAAUGGAAGCAUUGGCAACAUGGGAGACCUCCCGUCGUACCAGGAAAGCAUGCGGAAUAGUGCAGCAGCAACAGGGUGGUACAGCGCCAACCCUGAUCCAAGAUACUCCACAAUUUCUAGAUUCAUGGGACCUUCCACAGGUAUGAACAUGACCGGUAUGGGGAGUCUCACAGGAAUGGCGGACACCACAAAAACCAUGCCAGCUCUCCACGCUGCGCCCAGGAGGAAACGGCGCGUCCUGUUCUCGCAGGCUCAGGUCUACGAGCUGGAGAGGAGGUUUAAGCAGCAGAAAUACCUGUCAGCGCCUGAGAGAGAGCACCUGGCCAGCAUGAUCCACCUGACGCCGACCCAGGUGAAGAUCUGGUUUCAGAACCACCGGUACAAGAUGAAACGCCAGGCCAAGGACAAGGCAGCGCAGCAGCUGCAGCAGCAGCAGCAACAGGACGGUAACCUGUGCCAACAGCAGGCGCAGUCCCCGAGGCGCGUAGCCGUGCCAGUUCUGGUGAAGGACGGUAAACCGUGCCAGAACGGCUCAAACACGCCGACGCCGAACCAGCAACAGGUACAACAGAGCCAACAACAGAGCCAACAACAGAACGGAGCCGCAGUUGUGCUCGCAUCCCCGACCAGCAGCCUCACCCAGCAUCAAAGCCAGCAGGUGAACGCUUUGGAGCUGGAGGAGAUGUCGCCAAGCCCCCCCUCACUGCACAGCCAGCUCAACAUGGCCCAGAUAGACACAUCUGCUGUAGAUUACACCAGUAACAUGGUCAGCUCAAACCUCCUCUACGGCAGAACGUGGUAGGACUUAAUACAGUACUGUCACUUUCCACUUUUUCUAUGAGAACCUGCGGAUGAGCCCAUGCAAGAGCAUAUAUAUAUAUAUAUAUAUAUAUAUAUAUAUAUAUAUAUAUAUAUAUAUAUAUAUAUAUAUAUAUAUAUGAAGGCUGAAAAUGGGGGCCCGUUGGUGUUGAGAGGACAAGGCGCACAGAGGCGCACCAGCUGAUCAGGGCACAUUUUCUUGACAUCUCUGAGAGGGGAGUCUAUUUUUGAACAUUACAGAAAUGGCUGCCCUUGAAAGCAAUUAUGUCGUUUCUGGACCUUUUGUAAUCCAUGUUUUGGACCUUCCUCAUGAUGUUUUAAACGUAGUCUAUGUUGUUGAAACAAAAAGGAAUGCUGCUUCACUUGAGUGCGGACUGGGGGGAAGGUGGGAUCAGGUUUGAAGUACACUAAGCCACCACUCCUUAUUUGCGGUGAUAACCUGGUAUUUUAAAAUAUUAAUAUUGUAAACUAAUGUAUUCAUUUAGACUUAUUAAAUAAAGUAGGGACUUGUAUAUUUGGCUAACACACGAGAAUGCGUUUAACUGUAUAAGAAUCGUUAUUGCGUCCACUUUUAUGUUUUCUUUAUUCUUUUGUAAGUUAAAAAGGAACAAAUGCGUGAUGGCUGCUGUAUAUGUUUCAAAACCAAGUGAACGUUAACAAUAAAUAACUUGAAGUGUGA